ACAAGGUCUUUUAGUGUGGGGCAGGAGCACGAGGGCACUUCUGUUCAAACUUCUGCCCUCCGACCAACAGAAGUCUUCCCAUAUGUUUGUUCUGAGGCAUCGCUAGGGAAGGAGGGAGGGCAAUGUACAUCACAAUCCCUCCCUUGACCAUCAGGGGGUCGUGUGGGAGCACUUUUUGCUCCAUUCCAUCAUAAUCGACGCACUGCAGAACAUUCUACAACUAGAUUUCAUCAGUGUUCAUGUUCAAGUUUAUUUGAAUAUAAGAAGCAAUUAUGCAGUGGAGACACAAAGGAUUAAAUAUUGGACUACUUCUGUUACUUUCUCAGAUGUAUGAAGUUGGGCUUAACAACAUUCCACCUGUCACACUUGCAACUUUGGCAGUGAACAUUUUUCUCUUUUUACAACCAGUAAAACCACUGAUGCAAUCAUGUAUCAGUGUCACUGAGUGCUUUUACAAGAAAGACUGGCAUCGUUUGUACCUUUCAGUAUUUCACCAUGCAGAUGACUGGCAUCUAUAUUUUAAUAUGGUCUCCCUGCUUUGGAAGGGAAUCAAGUUGGAGAGGAGGCUUGGAAGUGUGUGGUUUGGAUACAUAAUCCUAUGGUUUUCAGUGCUAGUUGGAGUUGUAUACAUGAUUUUGGAAUUUACAAUUGCAGAACUUCUGAGUGAUCCUUCAUACAAACAAAGCUGUGCAGUUGGUUUUUCAGGAGUGUUAUUUGCUUUGAAAGUUCUCAACAACUACUAUCACCCAGGUGGGUACAGCAACAUCAUGGGAAUGAAUGUAUCCAACAAAUAUGCUUGUUGGCUGGAACUUAUAGUAAUUUAUUUAUUAGUCCCAGGGAGUUCUUUUGCCGGUCAUCUGGCAGGUAUUCUUGUUGGACUGAUCUACACCAUGGGAUUUCUGGAGAAGAUUAUGAAAAUAUGCCUGUGGCCUUACAUUUCCAGCCUCCUUUUCACAACAGAGGAACAGCUAAAAAAUCCAGAGGAAAUUAGAUAUUCGGGUUGUACAGCAUAUGCACCAAAAGAUUAUAACAUGUAUACUGGUGAGAAUAAGACAGAACAGUUUGAAUGGGCAAUAAGAAACAGUCUGAAUGACAGAGGUAGUGGCACGAGACAUUACAAUGGUGAGAGGAGACACUACGGCUUCUGGCUUCCACCUGAACAACCAUCUAGCAACCAUCUAGUGAAGAACUUAGAAGACGAAGACUUAAUCAAUUUGAGAGGUGGUAAAAUUCUCAUUUCUCAUCUCAAGCAUAUAAAAAAGCUCUUCAAAGCUGCCAAAACACUGGCUUAUCUAUUUUCAUUUAAGGAGUCUCUUUUCAGAAAAUAA